AAGUACAUUUAUAAUGUGAUUUUUAUUUCGUGUCUGUGACAGUUUGUGAUACAAUAUUUGUAAUAUUUUUAUUUUUAUGUUUUCAAUUUAAUUUGUGUUAGAAAUAUUCGUAGUGUCCAGCGCCGGAUAGCCUGGAUAUAAAACAGAGUUAAGUGUAUGUAUGUGAUGUCAUACACAGAGCUGGAACAUGGGUACCAAGGAUUGCGGCAAGCUACUCAGCCACAGUUUUAUGUUGGUGACGAUGGGAAUUUGGUUCCCAUAAGAUCAUCUGGGGAGUUGGAUUUGUGCGAUUCAUUGGACUGCGAUGGCGGGGGUAAGAAGGUGGUGGUGGGCGUGUGCGCCAUGGCCAAGAAAUCGCAGUCGAAGCCCAUGAAGGAGAUCCUCACCAGACUGGAUGAGUUUGAAUACAUCAAGAUGCUCGUCUUCCCAGAGGAGGUUAUCCUUAAGAAACCGGUGGAGGAGUGGCCGAUUUGUGAUUGCUUAAUCUCCUUUCAUUCAAAAGGUUUCCCAUUAGACAAAGCCAUUCAAUACGAGAAGCUAAGGAAGCCCUAUGUUAUAAAUAAUCUUCAUAUGCAGUAUGAUAUACAGGAUCGGAGAAGGGUCUAUGCUAUAUUAGAAGGUGAGGGCAUAGAAAUACCGAGGUACGCAGUGCUAGACAGAGAUUCGCCAGACCCGAAACAUCAUGAACUAGUCGAGUCCGAGGAUCACGUGGAGGUGAAUGGUGUAGUUUUCAACAAGCCGUUUGUGGAAAAGCCCGUCUCCGCGGAAGACCACAACAUAUACAUAUACUACCCCACCUCCGCCGGUGGGGGGAGCCAGCGACUCUUCAGAAAGAUCGGUAGUCGAAGCAGUAUUUACUCGCCGGAGUCGCGCGUCCGUAAGACUGGUUCUUUUAUUUAUGAAGAUUUUAUGCCCACUGAUGGCACGGACGUGAAGGUGUACACGGUGGGUCCGGACUACGCGCACGCGGAGGCGCGCAAGAGUCCCGCGCUCGACGGCAAGGUCGAGCGAGACUCCGAGGGCAAGGAGAUCCGCUACCCCGUCAUACUCUCCAACCAGGAGAAACUCAUCUCCAGGAAGGUCUGCUUGGCGUUCAAGCAGACCGUCUGCGGGUUCGAUUUGCUAAGAGCGAACGGCAAAUCGUUCGUGUGUGACGUGAACGGCUUCUCGUUCGUGAAGAACUCGAACAAGUACUACGACGACUGCGCCAAGAUCCUCGGCAACAUGAUCCUGCGCGAGCUGGCGCCGACGCUGCACAUCCCCUGGUCGGUGCCGUUCCAGCUCGACGACCCCCCCAUAGUGCCCACCACCUUCGGCAAGAUGAUGGAGCUGCGGUGUGUGGUGGCCGUCAUCAGGCACGGCGACAGGACGCCCAAGCAGAAGAUGAAGGUCGAGGUGCGACAUCCGAGGUUCUUCGAAAUAUUCGAGAAGUAUGACGGGUACAAGCGCGGCCACGUGAAGUUGAAGAAGCCCAAGCAGCUGCAGGAGAUCCUGGAUAUUGCGCGUGCGCUGCUCUCUGAUAUUCACACGCGCCACGCCGACCCCGAGAUAGAGGAGAAGCAGGGCAAGUUGGAGCAACUCAAGAGCGUUCUCGAGAUGUACGGUCACUUCUCGGGCAUCAACCGCAAGGUGCAGAUGAAGUACCAGCCGCGCGGCCGGCCUCGCGGCUCCAGCUCGGACGACGGUAACACCCGCCCACACCAGCCACACGUAGAGAACGCAGGCGAGCCGUCGCUGGUGCUGAUCCUGAAGUGGGGCGGCGAGCUGACGCCGGCGGGCCGCAUCCAGGCGGAGGAGCUCGGCCGCAUGUUCCGCUGUAUGUACCCCGGCGGACAGGGGCGCCACAUUCCCGGCGAAGCGGGGACACAGGGUCUGGGCCUGUUGCGUCUGCACUCGACGUUCCGGCACGACCUGAAGAUCUACGCGUCGGACGAGGGUCGCGUGCAGAUGACGGCCGCCGCCUUCGCCAAGGGCCUGCUCGCGCUGGAAGGGGAGCUCACCCCCAUACUGGUGCAGAUGGUCAAGUCCGCUAACACUAAUGGCCUGCUGGACAAUGAUUGUGAUUCAUCAAAGGUGCAGAACAUGGCGAAGGCGCGGCUGCACGAGGCGAUGCAGGUGGACCGCGAGUUCACGGAGGAGGACCGGUGGCGCAUCAACCCUUGCGCCUCGCUCAGCAUCAGCGCGGCCAUGGAGUUCGUGAAGAACCCCGUGCGCUGCUGCGCGCACGUGCACGCGCUCAUACAGCAGCUCGUGCACAUCGUGCUCAACAAGAAGGACGACCCCAAGACUAAAGAUACAAUACUAUACCAUGGCGAAACAUGGGAAUUAAUGGGAAGACGGUGGGGCAAGAUAGAAAAAGAUUUCUGUACAAAGAACAAAACUUAUGACAUAUCGAAAAUCCCCGACAUCUACGACUGUAUAAAGUACGACCUGCAACACAACCAACACACGCUGCAGUUCGACUUGGCCGAAGAGUUGUACAUAUACGCUAAAUAUUUGGCCGAUAUUGUUAUACCGCAAGAGUAUGGUUUAACAAUGCAAGAAAAAUUGACAAUUGGGCAAGGUAUUUGCACACCGCUUCUAAAGAAAAUAAGAGCAGACCUACAGAGGAAUAUAGAGGAGUCUGGGGAGGAAACUGUUAAUAGACUAAAUCCAAGGUACAGCCACGGCGUGUCGAGCCCGGGGCGGCACGUGCGCACGCGCCUGUACUUCACGAGCGAGUCGCACGUGCACUCGCUGCUCACCGUGCUGCGCUUCGGCGGCCUGCUCGACGUAGUGAAAGAUGAACAAUGGCGGCGAGCGAUGGAGUACGUGUCGAUGGUGUCGGAGCUGAACUACAUGUCACAGAUCGUAGUGAUGCUGUACGAGGAUCCCACCAAGGAUCCGUUUUCCGAGGAGAGGUUCCACGUGGAGCUGCACUUCAGUCCGGGCGUGAACUGCUGCGUGCAGAAGAACCUGCCGCCCGGGCCUGGAUUCCGUCCGCACAGCCGGAACCACUCCACCACCAAUAACUCGAGUUCAUCAGAUGAAGUGAAAUGCAUUGAGGAGGAAGGCGAAGAGGAUAAUAUGGCGAGCCAGGAGACUUUGCAACCGGACACUCCCGAUGAACUGGACAAUACUUUCUCCCCAAAGAAAACUUCAAAAUCGAAAUUAAAGGCAUCAGAUCCAAUACCUAUUUGCAAUCUGCACUACACGGUUUCGGGGCACGAGGCGUCGACGCUGGCGGCGCGGCUCAACGCCGAGCUGCGCGCCCGCGGACACGCCGACCACGACGGCGCGGACGACGGACAGAGCGACGAGCCGAGCAGCAAGGAGCCCGAGGAGCCGCCGCCGCGUGCGCGCUCCUACGACCAGCACAAGCAGGCGCACGACACCGUGUCGGAGCUGCGCGACGAGUUGCCGCCCGCCGCCUGUCUGCGCUACCAGAGUCUGCAGGUCGUCGACAGACAAGACCGGCGGCCGGCCGUCCUGCCCGCACUAACGGUGACGACGCCGUCCGGCCUCACCUCGAGCCCGAGCCCGAGCGAGGAGCCCCUCACCCCCCUCAUUAACGUGGACGGCGUCGAGUCCUCCACUAACGAGCUGCCGCUGUCCGCCAUCACAUUCGGGAGCCGCGGCGCCUCGUGGCCGCGGCUGGACGGCGGCUGUAGCGUGUGGGCCGCAGGGCGACGCCAGCGGCACAGCAUCGCCGGCCAGAUGAGCUACCUCAAGAUGCUGGGGCUCGCACGAGGCAAGCUGCCAGGCGCCGCGGGACUCUUCAGCACCGCCGUCAUCUCCGGCUCCAGCUCCGCGCCCAACCUCCGCGUCAUGAUACCCUCCGCCUCUGCCACCAACGCGGCGCUGGAAGGGUUCGGCGGCGUGCCGGCCAUCCGUCCGCUGGAGACGCUGCACAACGCGCUGUCGCUGCGGCAGCUGGACGCGUUCCUGGAGCGCGUGACGGCGGCGCCCGUGGUGCUCGCGCCGGCUCCGCCGACGCCGCGCACGCGCCCGCGCACGCGCACGCGCCCGCGCACAAGCAUGCCCUCGCCCACCAACAGCGUGGGAUGGAGUGGCCCAUCAUCGCUGAUGUCCUCGUCCGGAGAGUUACCGAGCGGCCUCUCCUCCGCGGGCCCUUCCUCGCCCAACUCCAACUACGCCUCUAACUCCGAGCACAAAAACUCGUCAGAGAGUAGCAAUUGGAGUAAAAAUGUGCCAAGCAAGCUCCCCCAGUGGGACGGCGAGGCGGCGACCUUGUGCGCGUUGGACUCGAGCCUGCACCCAUACAUGCCGCACUCCAACCGACCAGGUUCGUCUAUUAGCGGCGACAUAACACCAGUGUCCCUCGCCUCAGAGCUGGAGUUCAACAGUAACGAAGCCACCGCAGGAUCUAUCACAGAUCAUGAUCUACUGAGUGCGGAAGGCGAAGACGAUGAAGACACUCUCUCAGUGGACCCGUGCGGCUCCCCCGUGAAGAUAAUCAAAAACGAUCUCAGCCCGCUCUCGCACAGUUCAACUCUGAGGCCCGACAACUGUCAACCUUCGACAAGCAAGAUAUCCGCAGACUUCUACGGACUCAACCUUCAACAGACUAAAGAGAACUUUUACAAGGACAUACCGUCUAGUAGUAAAAACUUCAACGUCGACAACGAUUUUAAACAUAAGUGUUCUAAAGAAGAAUCACCGUGCCAGUCCAAUUUAGAUUCUUUGAAUUUACAGAACAAAGACUCUGGUAAAAGUAAACAUAGGAGAAACGAUGUUCUGAACAACGGUAGUAGAAGAUAUAGUGAUAGCAGCGCACAAAAAAGUAAUUUGAACACACAAACGGUGUCGGGCAGUCGGUUCACUACCACUUUGGUGUCAGAAGAUUGUUUGAGGGCAGGUCCCUCCGACAGCAAGUCUAACAACAACUUGCACUCGUGUGGUGCCGACCCGGCCGUGCCCACCGUCACCAAAGCUAAGAACACUAACGUGAAGCCUGGAUUCAAAAUCGCUGAUGCCAUUUAACGUCACGUGCUGUUGGAGUGUAAUUCAAAAAUCUUUUUUGUGAGAUGUUAUAGUUAGUUAUCAUUGAAGUUUAAAAUGUUUUAUACGUUAUUACUGUAGACUCAAUUGUGUUAUAUAUUUUAUAUGGACAUAAACUAAAUAUUAUCUACCUUCUAGUAAAUGUCUAUCAUAGUUACAUACCUAGUUAAAAGUAAUUCUGUCUGUAGUGGCCUAAUACUGCUUUUCUAGUAUUAGUAAGAAAUAUCUAUUUACUUAUAAUAUCUAUUCCCUUUUCCAAUAUUUAUUAUAGAGAUGCUAUCUCUACCGGUAGGGUGCGUCCGAAACUGGCGAGUGUUCGUGUUUACGAAGCAUGUGACGUGCUCUAAUGUUGUCAUACAUCGAAAGGAACCUCGAGAUUGGAAAUGUUUUUAAAGACCGAACUGUAUGUAGUUACAGAAUCCGCGCGCUGUACCGACACACGCUCGCCAUAUUAGACGCACUCUUAAAACAGUUUGGAAUAUGGUUGUAAUUUAAUAAGUAUUGUAUUUUUCAAUAUUACCUACAUCUUUAAGUAAAAGAAUCCUACAAAUAUCUAUAUUUCAUAUUUAUAAGUAUAUCUGUUGCUUCAUAAACCUUAAAAGCACUGCAUUUACACAAGAUAAAGUGGUAGCCUUAAUCAUUAUAGUUUAAUUCUAAUUGUUUUAAUAUCAAUUCCAUAGUUUCCAAUUUCCUUAUUGACUCAAAACAAUUUUAUUAUUAUGCACAAACUCAUAGUCCUCUCGUAUAAUUCACUGGUUAAAAUUAUUUGCUAAUAAAAAUUUACUUGAAUGUACUGCCGGGACAAAUGUCCGCUGGUUCAAAACUAAAGGACACUUAUCUCUGAUUUUUCUAAAAUUAUGUGUGUAUUCUUUUUGAAGUAUCGUUUGUUCCAACGGUGAAGGAAAACAUUGUGAGGAAACCUGCGUACUUGAGAAAUUCUUUAAGAAUUUUGAGGGUGUGUAAAGUCUAUCAAACCGCACCAGACCGCCUGGUGGACUAAGGCCUUAUUCCUCUCAUUAUUAUAGAAAGCCCAUGCUCAGCAAGAUUGCAAACAAUACAGAGCUGAUAUUAUGAGCUAAUUUUAUUUUUCAACAAUAUGCUUUGAUAAGCGUUAAAUUGUAUUUAAUUUUCCUGAUAUGUGGCUUUUUAUUAUGGUUACAUUUAUAUGUAAAUAAAAUAAAUCACAUGUACUGAGACGUGAAUGUUUUCAUACAAAAUCGAUUAAAUUGGUCUUGCCAUUAUAA